AUGUUGACGUCAUUUUCUCUCCUAUUUUCUUUCUUUUCUUUUUUUUGUGGGUGGGGGUAUUUAACUCUCUUUGUUCUUUCCCUUUUUUCCUUUUUUUUCCCUACUUUUCCUCCCACUCUUAUAGUUUCAUUCUUCCUCCUCCUCCUCCUUUUUUUCAUACUUUCUUCGUUUUUUUUUUCCUUUUCUUUUCACGUUACAACAACAACUACUACUACUACUACUGUCUCACCUAUUCUCUUCUGUCCGCCUCCACCCCGCGCCGGUCAAACGUUUACGACUAUCGCUGCACCUAACAACAAGACCUUAACCACCGCCGCUGCCGCUUCCCCAUCAUCCCCACAAAGGCAACAACCUUUCACCUCUGCCACGACGUCUAUACUGAAACACACGAACAAGCGAGUAACUGAACAAGUAGACACGACUAGACGAGAUGAGGGUCGUGUCGUGUCGGUUGGAAAACACGCCGCCGUGCUCACCACCUUCUAUCCACCCCACCUGCAGCCUUGCUCUCUUUCUCUUGAUCACGAUUUACGCAAAUCUCUCUCUUUCUCUCUCGACUUUCGCUCUCUCUCUCUCUUCCUCUCUCUUUACCGCGGCGUCACCAUUUUCCCCUAA